CCGUGGCGGCGGCGGCGGCGAGAGUCCGGGGCGGCGGCGCGACGACGGCCCUUCAGCCCGGCCACCAUGAGCACCAAGCAGGUCACCUGCAGGUAUUUCAUGCAUGGUGUGUGUCGGGAAGGAAACCAGUGCCUGUUCUCACAUGACCUGGCAAACAGCAAGCCAUCCACCAUCUGCAAGUACUAUCAGAAGGGCUAUUGCGCCUACGGAACUCGUUGCAGGUACGAUCACACGAGGCCCUCUGCGGCGGCGGGGGGUGCUGUGGGCACCGUGUCCCACGCUGUGCCCGCCCCUGGCUUCCACAGCCCUCACCCUCCUUCCGACCUCACUGCAACUAUUGUGAAAACAAAUUUACACGAGCCUGGGAAACGUGAAAAGAGAACCCUGGUACUUAGAGAUCGAAAUCUCUCCGGCCUGGCUGAAGAGAAGACUUGCGCGAGUGCAGUGAGCAGCCCUGGAGGCUGCAGCAACCCCCAGAGCAUCCCGGAGGUGAAGCCGCAUUCCUACCUGGACGCCAUCAGGAGCGGCCUGGACAGCGUGGAAGCCAGCAGCUCCUAUGGCAGCGAGCAGCAGCUCUGUCCGUACGCGGCUGCUGGGGAGUGCCGGUUUGGGGAGGCCUGUGUCUACCUGCACGGCGACAUGUGUGAGAUCUGUAGCUUACAAGUCCUGCACCCCUUCGACCCAGAGCAGAGGAAGGCUCAUGAGAAGAUGUGCAUGUCAACAUUCGAACACGAGAUGGAAAAGGCCUUCGCCUUCCAGGCAAGUCAGGACAAAGUGUGCAGCAUCUGCAUGGAAGUGAUCCUCGAGAAGGCAUCUGCUUCCGAGAGGAGAUUCGGGAUUCUCUCCAACUGCAACCACACGUACUGCUUGUCCUGCAUCCGCCAGUGGCGCUGUGCCAAGCAGUUCGAGAACCCUAUCAUUAAGUCUUGUCCGGAAUGCCGUGUCAUAUCAGAGUUUGUAAUUCCAAGUGUGUAUUGGGUGGAAGACCAGAAUAAAAAGAAUGAGUUGAUUGAAGCUUUCAAACAAGGCAUGGGAAAGAAAGCUUGCAAAUACUUUGAACAAGGCAAGGGGACCUGCCCAUUCGGAAGCAAGUGCCUGUACCGCCACGCCUACCCCGACGGGCGGCUCGCGGAGCCCGAGAAGCCUCGGAAGCAGCUGGGUUCCGAAGGCACCGUGAGGUUCUUCAACUCCGUGAGGCUCUGGGACUUCAUCGAGAACCGGGAGAGCCAGCAGGUGCGCAGCACUGAAGACGUGGACAUGACGGAGCUCGGGGACCUCUUCAUGCACCUGUCUGGAGUGGAGUCGUCAGAACCCUGAGUGACCCCGCCUCCCGGGCUGCGCCGGCGGAGCCGUCCCCGAGCGAGGGCGUGUCCCUUGCCACAGCCCAGGUGGCGCCGGGACUUGGGGGGAGUUGUACUUAUUAACCUUGUCUAGUCGCCUCUCCGUGGGAAGCGCGGGAUACAACAUAACCUAACAAGCGUGCGGCGUCUCUCCCUUCGUAGUCGGUAUCUAAGUUGCACCUCAAGCUCCUCGGGCGUCAGCCAGAAGCCGUUUGCUUUGAAAACAAACCUGGCUCCCUUCCUCCUUGGUCUUUGGCUCCCUAGACACCAUCGCCUGUCAGCUGCCCCGCACGCAGCGCAUCCUUUUUCUUACCCUGGGACUCUUCGGCUCUGGCAGGGCCCUGUGUAGCGAGCGCUAAGUAGCGGGUGCUCAGAAGCUGGGUGAGCAGCUCUGCGCGUGGGGCGGGGCGGGGCGCGUGGUGUCCCAGGCCGCAUGUUCAGGCAGGGCCUCUUGGGAGCAGGGGGCGUGCGUGGCCGCGCAGGGGCACGGCCCUUGGUCUCUGGCCAGGGUCGGAGGGCGCCCAUCACGCCUGCCUGCUCUCCCCUAACGAGCGCUUCGCGCUCAGCCGUCUGUUCUCUCCUGCAAAGCCUGGCUUUGGUUUGAAACGUCGCAGAAAUCCCAGGGGCACCCAGAAGCACCCAGGAGUUUCUGGUGCUGACCCAGCGGUGGCCCUAAAGAGAACUGAGCCCAAGUGUGCCGUCGGUGUGACUUUAGUCGAAUGAGCAGAGCCUCGUGGAGCAACACGUGCGCUCCCAGCCCGAGCCGUCUAUUUUUGUAAGCAGCUGUAGUUACCAAAUAUUUUAUAAAGCGCAUUACUUUCAAGUGUGGGUGGAGAAAGGUCUCUCCUGCCCCAAGGUUGGCGUGCUUCCCGGUACUUUAGAGUUAGCCCCUGCGUGGAGGGUGCCUGAGGCUGAAUCACAUCCACUCCCCGCCGUGGCGUUUGCUCCAGGGGGAGAAGCCAGCGGAAGGGUCCGGGCUGCGAGGUCGGCUUUGGAGAAACAGCCACUAAACCUACAUUUAAUUUAUUUUAUUAAAAUAACGUACUUGAGAAACCACUGGAUAACUGUAUUUUGUCAGGCGCAAUAAAAACAAAAUUAAAACCCAAAUCAUCAAGAAAACCUCUAUUUCUGGCUUCCUUGCAUACAGGUGAUGUGACUACAGAGACAAGGCUGGCCCUGCGGCCCUGCCCCAUAGGGGCAGCUCCUGGAAGACUAAAUUCAGCAUGACGGAAGACUGCUCCCUGCGGGGGGAGUAGGCGGGGCAGGCCAAGCAGCUCCUAGGAAGCCAUCCCAGUGCCCGGGAGAGACCUCUGAGGAAGGGAAGUGCCCCCGAAGCCCAAGUCCAGGUGCCAAAGCAGCUCCUUCAGGCGGUCAGUCUUGACAGUCCCGGGCUGUUGGUGUGUCCUGUGCAAAACACCUGUCCGGCCCACACCGCUCACCCCGAACAAAGUCCCUCCUGGGACGAGCAGGCCUCACAGGGGCCCAUUUUCAAAACCCAUGUCCCCACAUCAGGGCUGGUUUGCCUGCUGCAUUCUUCUCCCCCCUGAGUGCUUUUUCUUGCCCUAAAAAUACUCACACGGCCAGCAGCUGGGGCCCCACGUCAUGGGCUGCCGUCGGCCGUCACCGGUGCAUCUGGAGAAGGCCUGGCUCACGAGCGUGGGGGAGGCAGGAAGGGAGCAGGACAAACCAGCGUCGUGAAUGGCUUCCUUCCCCAGGGCCGGACAGGGUCGAAGAAGGCAACGUGAAGUUAAGGCCCUGUGAGUAGUCAGAAGGUCCUUAGCAGCAGCUUCUCUGAAAACGAGCUCUCUGUCCCCGCAGCGGGGGAGCAGGAAAGCGGUGCCCGCAGACAUCCUUUCCUCCCCGGUGGCCCGAGUGCCGGUGCACGGUCAGCUAGAAGACAGGCAGUCUGGGGGACGUGGUCAGCGUGCAGGCAUUGAUGUCCUCCGUGUGGGCCGCCCGGUGCAGGGAUGGCUCAGAAGCGCUCCGGUUGAUCUUCGGCAGAGAGUGCUGGAGCAGCUCGAUGGAAGACAGGAUCUGAAACGAGGUCACAGAAGUAUGUCUUCGCCGGGGCUCGGUGUUCGGUGUCGGCAGCCUUCACCCUGGUGAGGACACCAGCCCCGCCCUCGCGCUCAGGAAGUCCUGCUCACCGGGCCGCAGCACUCCUGAGCUGGUCUUACCUGAGGAAAAAGAGGCCUCUCUUCCUUCACUUUCUUCACGCAGUCAGCGACCAGCCUCUUCAUGGCCUUGGGGCAGUUCUUGUAGAGCUUGCUGAGAUCCGGGGAGGCGUAGCCUCGGCCCACCAUGAAGAUGAUCUAAGGGAAACAGGCGGGGAGGGGCGGGUGGAGACAGUGAAAGUGACAGCGUCCCACCCUCUCGCUGCUUGCCAGGCGGGCUGCCAGGGGGGCCGCGGUGAGGGAGACGCUUCUGCCCCGGGCACGUACCUGAUCUCGGUUGUUGAUGUGGGAGUAAGGAAGCUCCCCCGUCAUGAGCUCGUAUAACACGAUGCCGUAGGAGUAGACGUCGGACUGGAAGCUGAACGGGUUGUUAUCCUGCAUUCGGAUCACCUCUGGGGCCUACGGGGACAAAGUGCAGGUGGUCGCUCCCCUGUGGGCAGGCCCUUUCCUCUGCCCCUUCCUGGCUCGGCCCUAAAGGGCGCUGCCUCAGGCUCCAAGAGCUCAGGGGGCCAGUCUCCAGGGGCCAGUGCAUCGCCCACGUAAGUCUGCGCAGCGUGGCUCUGAUGCCAGCUUUCCCCAGGAAACCCAGCUCCGCCCCAGAGUGAUCCUAGGGGCGUGUCUGUGCUGACCCGGACUUCGGGGAGACGCACAGGAAUGCUUUGAGUUUGGGUGCAGGCCCGUGGGAACCCAGCCUCCUCACCAUCCACAGGAUAGAGCCGGUGGGUUGUUCGACCUGCUGAGAACCACUCCAGCGAGACUUCACUGUCGCCAGGCCAAAAUCUCCAAUUUUCACCGUCAGGCCUUCAUGAAGAAAUAUAUCUCGAUGCUUGUUAAGGACUCUGACUUCAAAGGACGGUCCGUCUCGAAAAACUCCUCAUUCUCAGCUGGCACGGGAGCGCUCCUCCGCCUUCUCUGUGCUCGACUUGCCGGGGUUUUACAAAGUGCUGCUGGGUCCCCUCUGGGAGGCAGGUGGGGUGUAGCACACCAGACUGGCUUCCCCCGAACCAAACCCGUUUACCCCUCUGUUGCUUCGAGACGCCGGGUCCCCGGCCUUGUAGCCACCCCACGUAUCAUGGAGAUGCCUUAAGCCCCAAGACUCUUAAGAGCACGGGCUACCUUCCCCAGAGCUGAGCCCGGCCCGCCGCUUGCUCGCCUGGCACCCAGCGCUGUCCUAAGAGGCCUCACACGGGCAGCGCCCAGUGCCUUCAGACCCCGUGGUCUCGCUUCCGACCAGCCGGCGAGGCCCGUGAUCUGCUGAGCCCCUUGGUGUCUGCUUGCAGGGCAGAAUGUGUUGCCCAAAGCCCACUGCUACCAGGUAGCGUACCACGCCUGAGACCUGCACCUCAACAGGCCACAUCCCACCCCCAACUCCACCGUCUGGCCUCGGCCGGCCAAGCAGCAGGGGCCUGUCGCCACGCUCCCUUCAAAGAGAAAGGCCCGGGGAGGAGGCACUGUGCAAAAGUUCCUGUAUCCAGGCCCCGUCCACAAAAAUACAUUAAAGUCUUGGGGGGAGGCGGACUGCAACAGGGAUGUUGAAAAACACUGCAUUAAAAAAAAAAAAUUCUUAGUGAAUUUGAAAAUCUUGCCACGUUUGGCUCCCAGCGGGCCAGAUAACCGCUGCGCGCCAAUGAGAACUAGAGACAAUAGCUCAGUAGAGCUCAGUGAUGAACAGGCCCCUUUCACCACAGCCCAACUCCCGGAAAUAUUUCCAAAGUCACAUUUUCAGAGCCGGAAAGGACACUUUGUUUUCCUAAGUUAAGAAACGAAUCAAAUGAAACCACCAGCAAAGGAUACUGUUGGAUUUCAUGUCUCUGUGGAUGAUGUUCUUUGCAUGCAAGUAGCUGUGAAGGGAAAAUACAUCUAUUAGAAGUAGUUUCAAACCAUAGCUAGAAAGUCACCCGAAGGCCUGGCUCCCGGGGAUAUGGUCUCCUGGGGGGCUGGGCCCGCUCUGGUUCACUCAAGACUUACCAGAAGGGUAAUAAGGCCCCAGCACCUGUGAUGCCCGACGCAGUGCUGCCAAGCCAGGCCCGGCUGGCGAGCGGCGCCACAGGCAGGUAGCGCUGCGCUGUGCUCCGCCCGAGCGCCUUAGCAGACAUGCCCGGUGCAAAAGCCAGACGCCGAGCCGCCCUCUUCUCUCGCAAAAUGCCCUACACGUCAGGGGGUGACUGCCACUUGACUAAGCCAGAACCACUGGAUGGUGCCCUUACAAAAAGCAUGAGCUUCACGGCACAUCUGCAUGGUUACAGGAAGCCUGAUGAGUUACCCCUUGAGCUGUAAAGACUCAAACGCCACGUGAACCCCGAGGCAGAACAGCUGGGUGCACACUCGGGCCCAGCUCCUGCCGCCUGGGGUGUGCGAAUUCCUGGUCCUCCAUACGGGGGCGCUUUAGAGGAAAAGUCUGAAGCCCUGGGCCAGGGGAGCAUGGGGUGCGCACAGGCAGGCGCACCCCAACACCUUUCACAUGCAGCGUCAGCACAGACACACGAGGGUGGAGUCUAACACAGGCUUUGAGGACCACCCCCGCGCCCUCGCCAAAAGGAACGUCCAUUCUCUGGACGUGGCGUCUGACCUCGCGUGCAGCGAGCACACUUGCGCACAGGGCGUGUCUCCCAUCCGGUGCCCCCGGAGGGUGCUGCCAUGGUUGAGCAGAAGAUGCCAACCCCACUGUUUCUGCACCUCUAGCUGAAUCCUUUUAUGGUGGCAACCAUUUCAAAAUGUUUCU